AUGGCCACGUUUCUCAGGGACAAGAAGGUUCUGGCGACGGAUGUCAUCGCGGCGCAGGAGCCAUGGAAGAACAAAAACCAGCACACGACCCACCAACCAGCAACUGCAGCAUUCCAACUACUCUAUCCCGCGAAACAGACCCCUCGGGGACGACGUCCAAUUCAGGGCCAAGAACAAGAUACAGGUCCUCUUCAAGCCGGUGUAUGCCUCUUUUUGUCCAAAAAGAUUGACCCAUCCACUUGGUCAUGCCAGGUGAUUUCGCAGGACUACCAACUCCUGAAACUUAGAAGGGCUCAUCUAGGGAAGGACUGGACCGACCUAUUUGUGCACAAUGUGUAUAAUAGACCCGGCAGCAACACCCUGGCUCAGUUAAAUCAUGAAAUGUCUAAGCGCCCCCUCGUGGAACACAUCGUGAUGGGAGACAUGAAUGCACACCACCCAGCAUGGGGAGGAGCGGGGACCAAGAUUGAUGAUGAAGCGGAACAACUGCUGGAAAUCAUGGAUAGACACAAUCUGGAACUGAUCUCGGAGGAAGGAAAAGCCACUUGGACUCGAAACGACCAGGAAUCGGUUAUUGACCUCACACUUAUCAGUUCGACCCUUACCAGCAGGCUCAUCCGCUGCGAACGAGCGGACGACGUGGAACAUUCGUCCGACCAUUUCCCUGCCAGAACGGUGCUUGGCAUUGAAACGCCGCUACGCGAACAAAAGAAACGGAGAAACUGGAAUGCCACUAACUAUGUUACACUGAUUCAGAAGAUCGAGGAAGGGCUACAAGUGAGAGACCUAUCUCGAGCAGACCCGGCACAAAUCGAGUGCCAAUGUGAGACACUAGUGGAUGUGGUCCAAUCAGCAAUUGAUGCUUCAACCCCAUGGGCAAAUCCGUCAGUAUGGUCGAAUCCAGAUUUCGACGACGAAUGCAAGGCCGCUGUCAAGGAAGUCCGUCGACUACGACGCAAGCACACAAGGACAAAAGACCCCUACGACUGGAUGCAAUAUUCCCAGGCACGCAAUAGAAAGACACGCCUCGUCAAAAAAGCACUGUCUACAGCGCAUCGUCGCCGGGUCCAACAGGUCAUCGAAGAGGGCCCACAGGGAAUGUGGCGCCUUGCUAAAUGGGCAAGAAACCGCAACGGAGCCUAUGAGAAAGGCCGUACCCCCUCGUUAAAGGUUCAAGGCCCAGAAGGACGGGACGAACUUGCAGAGACCGUUGACCAGAAAGCGGAAGCCUUUCGGACGGCCUUCUUCCCACAACCACCGCCUGCAGAUCUCUCUGACACUACAUCUUUCGAGUACCCAGAACCGAUUGAAUUUCCACCGAUCACUAUACACGAAAUCCAAGAUGCAGUAAAAAGGGCGAAGGCAGGAAAAGCACCAGGAGAAGACGGCAUCCCAAACUCCCUCUGGCACAAGCUGAUCGAGAUCCCCAUCAUUCUACAAGUCCUCAGCCAGCUAUUCAAUGCAUGCGUUCGCACUGGUUAUAAUCCAGCGCACUUUCAGCGAUCAAUCACGGUGGUCCUCCGAAAGCAGGGCAAGGACGACUAUCAACUGGCAAAGUCUUAUCGGCCGGUGGCGCUCCUCAACACCCUGGGCAAGUUCCUUGAAGCAAUAAUCGCACAAAGAAUCAGCUACGCAGUGGAGACACACAGUCUUCUUCCAAAGACCCAUCUUGGUGGUCGACGAGGCGUCUCCACAGACCACGCCAUACACAUCAUCAUUGAUCGAAUCAAACUGGCCUGGGGAAAGGGUAGUCCUGUGGUGUCCUUACUGCUGCUGGAUGUGUCAGGAGCAUACGACAAUGUGUCCCACGCGCGUUUGCUCCACAACCUCAGAAAGCGGCGACUGGGGCAACUCGUACCUUGGGUGAAGGCUUUUCUGCUAAAUCGAAGCACGCGAAUCCGCAUGCCCGAGGGCAUGCCGGACCGCUUCCCAACACCAACCGGCAUUCCUCAAGGAUCACCAAUUUCGCCGAUACUCUACCUGAUUUACAAUGCGGACCUCAUCGAAAGCUGCGGGAACGGAGUGACUAGCAACGGCUGGGUGGACGAUGCCUGCCUCAUGGUUAAAGGAGACAGCGAACGAGAAACGACCCAAAAGCUCAGAUCGGCUUGCCGAAAGGCGGAUCAAUGGGCCAAAAAGCACGCUUCGGUUUUCGACCCAAAGAAGUACGCGCUCAUACACUUCGUGAACACCCAAGAAGUCGACCCGCAAUACACACCACUGUGUCUCGACGGACAUACAGUGGCCGCGACGAGGACGGCUGAGCGUUAUUUGGGAUACUGGUUAGACCCGGCACUGGAGUUCCAGGACCACCGCGAGAAAGCGAUUGAAAAGGCAGGUGUAUCUCUCCAAGCGUUGCAAAGUUUAGCAGGUUCAACCUGGGGAGCCUCCCUUUCAGCCAUGCGUAGGAUCUAUCAAGCGGUAGUCAUCCCACAGAUGCUCUUUGGGGUAUCGGUCUGGUACCAGCCGAUGGUGAUUAGCAAGAAGAAGGCGCGCACAACCAGUCAACCGUUCGUGGCAAUCCAGAAGCGGGCAGCAUGCCUCAUCAGCGGAGCGUUCAGAACCACAGCAGUGGAGGCUCUGAAUACAGAACUACACCUACCACCAAUUGCGACCCAUAUGAACCGUCUCGUGAAGGAAACGGCUGUACGAUUGCGGACAGGACCCACAUUCGCUGUUCCCCCUACGAUGCUACGAAGUCGACCUGCGGAAGAGAGAGAAUGGGCCGGAUGGACACCGAUGGAGGCGCAAACCUGGAAGACGGGCGGAUGUCUUACGGCUCCCCCGGGUACUUUGGCAAGGCACUGGGAGAGUCGGAAGGCAUUCGUCCAAGCACCCUGGCAAGCGCCACCAGAAGUGAUCAUCGAGGACAGAGAAGUCGCAGUAAGAAGCCACGACCAGAUUGUAUCCAAAGACCCAAGAGCAAGACCCUGGAUUCUCUACACUGAUGGUAGUGGGGUCGAAGGGAAAAUCGGAGCAGCAGCCGUGGAUCUCCAGAAUCACCAUACCCAUAGCCAAAUGGGGGAUGAUGACACGUCCACUGUGUAUGCUGCUGAACUUCGCGGCAUCGAGAUGGCACUCAAUUCAACCCUGGAAAGCACGGCACCAUGGGUGACACAGGUGAAAAACGGACUUGUCAUCUUCGCGGAUAGCCAAGCGGCAUUGAAGGCGCUUCGCCAACCACGAAUGCCAUCGGGACAGGUCUAUCUGGAAGGGUGCCUUGACCUGAUAAGGCGACACGCCGCUAACGGUAUCCGAACUGAGCUCAGGUGGAUACCUGCUCAUCAGGGAGUGGCUGGCAAUGAACUUGUCGACCAACAUGCAAAGGAAGCGGCCCUGGAACCGCAAGAACCACAGAAACCAGACAAUCGGUAUAUCCGUCUCGCAGCUGCGGCUAAACGCCGUAUUCGCCGCGAGGCGAAGGCCGAAUGGGAAAGAUCAUGGGUCAUAGAGAAAACAAGCCGGCCGACGAAACGCCUGAUCGAACUACCAACUAAGAAGACCCUGGAAUUCUGGUCCGGCCUACGGAAGGCCACGGCAUCAAUCCUGAUGCAACUUCGCACUGGGCGAAUUGGUCUUGCCGCCUAUUUACAUCGCAUCAACCGACGCGAGUCAGCGAGGUGUAGAUGCAAUCUGGGGAACCAAACGGUUAGCCAUAUUUUGCUUGAAUGCCCGCUGCUCCAGGACGAGCGGAGUUGGAUGAGAAACGCCUUGUCGGACCGUGGAGUCGCUCUUCGACUCAACUCGCUCCUAACGCGGCCAGAGGCCCGCGCGAUUGUGGCCGAAUUCAUGGUACGGACAAAUCUCUUGGACCAGUUCCAAGCAGUCGACCCAAUGGCUCUCGGGGUGGAAGAAGGCGACGAAAAAGAGUGA